GAAGGGCGGACUUCAGGCUGCUUUACAUACACAGAGCGACACGGACGGCAGCAGCAGUCCACACUUUUACACACUUAGACACGGACAUACUUAUAUAUAGUACAGUAUAUACACCUGUGCGAGAACGAUGUCUUCUCCUCCCACUGUCACCUCCAGCGCUCUCAGCGCUCUGGCGCCGAAAAGGAAAACCAAGAAGAAACACUUCGUGCAGCAGAAAGUGGAGGUUUUCAGAGCCAGUGACCCCGUGGUGAGCGUGCUGAUGUGGGGGGUCAACCACUCGAUCAAUGACCUGAGCCAGGUUCCUGUCCCCGUCAUGCUGCUUCCAGACAACUUUAAAGCCUGCGCCAAGAUAAAAGUCAGCAACCACCUCUUCAACAAAGAGAAUCUUCCCGCACAGUUCAAAUUCAAAGAGUACUGUCCGCAGGUGUUCAGAAACCUGAGGGAGCAUUUUGGCAUCGAUGACCACGAUUUCCAGGUGUCUCUGGCCCACAGUCCUCCGCACAAAGACGAGGAGGGGCACCGCGUGGGUCUGCUGCUGACAUCAUAUGACCGCACUUUGGUGGUGAAAGAAAUCUCCAGUGAGGAGGUGGAGGAAAUGCACAGCAUCCUCUCCGAGUAUCACCAGUAUAUUGUUACGUGCCACGGCAGCACGCUGCUCCCUCAGUUGUUGGCCAUGUACAGAGUGACGGUGGAGAGCGAGGACACCUACCUGUUAGUCAUGAGAAACGUCUUCAGCCACAGACUGCACGUGCACAGGAAGUACGACCUCAAGGGCUCCCUGGUGUCACGUGAAGCAAGUUUUAAAGAGAGGGUGAAAGAGUUGCCCACAUAUAAAGACGUAGACUUCAGGAAUACGAUGCAAAAAGUUUAUGUGAGUGAAGAGGAGAAGGAGAAGAUUUUGGACAAGCUUCACAGAGACACAGAGUUUCUGGUGCGGAUGAGGAUGAUGGACUACAGCCUGCUGCUGGGCAUCCAUGAUGUGAAGCGGGCUGAGAGGGAGGAAGAGGAGGAGGAAGAGGAGGUUGAUGAGGAGUUGCCAUACGAAGAGGAAGAAGAUGAUGAAAAUGGGCUGGCCCCUGCCCCACAUUCCACAUCGCCUCAGGGCAUCGCAGGCUACAUGAACUCCUUCAAACCAAUGGGUCCCGGGGAGUUUGACCCUUACGUGGAUGUGUACGCUGUUCAGAGCGCCGUAGGUGCGCCCCAGAGAGAGGUGUAUUUCAUGGGUCUGAUUGACGUGCUGACACAGUACGACACCAAGAAGAAAGCUGCUCACGCUGCCAAGGCUGUCAAACACGGGGCGGGAGCAGAAAUCUCAACGGUUCAUCCCGAGCAGUACGCCAAACGUUUCAGAGAGUUCAUCACUCAGAUCCUGGCUUAGUUCAACGAGUCUUAUCAUACAGUACAGUUCUUACACCACAUCCCCAAGAUGCAUUCAAAACCUAUGGAAACAAUCUCUGUGAAGACCUUAUGUAAAGCACAUUGAUAGUCCACUAUAAUGCACUCACAAUGCUUCAUGACAUAUGGAAUUAGAUUUGUGUCAAUAUGAAGCAAAAUAGCGAUUUAAUCAUUCA